UUGCAGCCUGCCAGACCUCCCUCAGGAAGAGUGCUGAGGGAAAAGGCAUACAGGCUCUUUCAGGACAGCUGAGCUUCAAUCUUCCUGGUACUUACUGGUUACAUCCUGCUUCCUUCAGUAUGGUGGGCCUCAAUAACAGUGAAUCCAGUGCCACAUAUUUCAUCUUAAUAGGCCUCCCAGGAUUGGAAGAGGUUCAGUUUUGGUUGGCUUUCCCAUUGUGUUCCCUCUACCUUAUUGCUGUGCUAGGUAACUUGACAAUCAUCUACAUUGUGAGGACAGAGCACAGCCUACAUGAGCCCAUGUAUAUCUUUCUUUGCAUGCUUUCUGGCCUAGACAUCCUUAUUUCCACCUCAUCCAUGCCAAAAAUGAUGGCCAUUUUCUGGUUCAAUUCCACUACCAUCCAGUUUGAUGCUUGUCUGGUACAGAUGUUUGCCAUCCAUUCCUUAUCUGGCAUGGAGUCCACAGUGCUGCUGGCCAUGGCCUUUGAUCGUUAUGUGGCCAUUUGCCAUCCUCUACGGCAUGCCACUGUGCUUACAUUGCCUCGUGUUGCCAAGAUUGGCAUGGCUGCUGUGGUCCGGGGUGCAGCACUCAUGGCACCCUUGCCUGUCUUCAUCAAAAGGUUGCCUUUCUGUCGUUCCAACAUCCUUUCUCAUUCCUACUGCCUACACCAAGACGUCAUGAAGCUGGCCUGUGCUGACAUCCGUGUCAAUGUCAUCUAUGGACUCAUUGUCAUCAUCUCUGCCAUUGGUUUGGACUCACUUCUCAUCUCCUUCUCAUAUUUGCUCAUCCUCAAGACUGUGUUGGGCUUGACACGUGAAGCCCAGGCAAAAGCGUUUGGCACUUGUGUCUCUCAUGUGUGUGCUGUUUUCAUCUUCUAUGUGCCUUUCAUUGGAUUGUCAAUGGUGCACCGUUUCAGCAAGAGGCGUGACUCUCUCCUACCUGUCAUUAUGGCCAACAUCUAUCUGCUGGUUCCUCCUGUGCUCAACCCCAUCGUCUACGGAGUGAAGACAAAGGAGAUUCGGCAGCGCAUCCUUCGUCUUUUUCUCAUGACCACACACACUUCAGAUCACUAGGAAUCCACGAUGAAAAUCUCAUCCAUUCAAAGUUCUGUAAUUCAUAGUUUAGUAUGAUAUCUUGGAAGACAGUAUUAAGAAAAUAAAU